AUGGUGUUCAUCCACAACGCAUGGCAACCAGGCACGCUCAAGGCAUACGACGCAGUGUGGAGGAGGUGGUCGACCUUCACCAUGGCCAACAACAGCUCACCAACAGACAUAUCGACCAAGAUGGUCAAUGCAUUCAUCGCCGACCUCGGUCACAAGGACUACAGUACGUCCUACAUCUACACGCACCGCUCUGCUCUCUCUUCACUUCGCAAACUGGCACGCAUGGACGCACUGGACGAUGAAUCGACGAAACGGCUGCUUCAAGGUCUCGCCAAGAAGAAGCCGUCGAAGCCAAAGUAUUCAGAGGUAUGGGACCCGACGAUAGUUAUUAACUUCAUUCGCGAUAACUAUAGCAAGCGAGCAAGGUCCGACAUCGACCUUCUCAAGAGAACGCUGGUACUGGUCAGACUGGCACUGUGCGCACGAUCAUCAGACUUGGCGCGCUGGGCAUUCUCAUCGCUGGUGGUCUCCAAUACUUCAAUCAAGGGCCCAAUCGUCAAUGCCAAGGAACAAAGGGCAUCGGCAAGUCAAUCAACAUUGGUACUCAAACCAGUCAGCGGCGCCGCUGCAUCAAGGCCCCCACAUCAGUGCUUAUCGGCAGACUGGAUCACCAAACUGUCAUUGGAGGUCAUGGAGGAGGCUGGCAUCGAUACAUCUAUAUAUGGAGCACACUCAACACGCGCGGCAGUCAUAACAAAGGCAUUGGCGUCUGGAGCAUCAUUUCAAGACGUCAAGGCUCUGAGCAGACACAAGUCAGCGACAACAAUGGAGAAGUACUACGCCCUCAAGUUGGAGGGCUCGGCGCAAUGUUCUCAAGUCAACUCGUUGUUCGAAUAG